GUUCCCUUUCGUAUUUAAUAGGCGUUGAUUUAACCUAACUAUAUUGUAUUGGACAUGCUUGCUGAGGACAUAUAUUUUAACAGAUAUAGGAUUUUUUAUAAUCAGCGAAAUAGAAAAUAGUUGUACAUCGGGAGUUAUCUUUUGUGGUUGUUUUAGCGUAUGCAUGUCUAGUCAAAUUUCUUCACUGACAUCGUUGUAGGUCGGCCGUGUGUAACCGCUUCACUGACAUAGGAAAGGAUUAAGUUACUGCUUGUGGCGGAUUAAUUGAUCAGCGCUUGCCCUGGUCGGGUGUUUGGCCUUUUUUUCAAUUUAAAGAUUGCUUGUUAUCAAGGAAGCCAACAUCAUGUCAUUCCGGAGAGGCGUGGUCCGACAGAGUAAGUUCAGACACGUCUUUGCCCAGGCGUGGAAGACGGAGCACUGCAUCGAUGAUGUGAGAGUGUCCCGCGUCACGUGGGACGGACCCCUCUGCGAUGUCAACCCCAAGUUCAUAGCUGUGAUUAUCGAGGCUGGUGGAGGAGGGUCGUUCCUCGUGCUACCAAUCAGCAAGAGUGGCAGAAUUGACCAGUCGGCUCCUACUGUGUGUGGACAUGCGGCCCCCGUGUUGGACAUCCAGUGGUGUCCCCACGAUGACAACAUCAUCGCAAGUGCCUCAGAAGACUGCAGCGUGAAGGUGUGGCAGAUCCCUGACGGGGGCUUGACUGCACCAAUGACCGAGGCCUUGGUGACGCUGGAGGGACACAGUAAACGAGUUGGCAUCCUGGCCUGGCACCCCACAGCUUUUAACAUCCUCCUCACCGCAGGCUGUGAUAACCUGGUGUGUGUGUGGGACGUGGGGACUGGGGAGUUGGUGUAUCAGCUGGGCGAUGCCCACCCAGACCUGAUCUACAGCGUCGGCUGGAACAAGGAUGGCAGUGCCAUCUGCACGGUGUGCAAGGACAAGGCUCUGCGCGUCAUCGACCCCCGUCGGGGGACUGUUCUCAAGGUAAGAGAGAAGGUCCAUGAUGGCACACGGCCAAUGAGAGCCGUCUUCCUCUCGGACGGGAAGAUCCUGACCACCGGGUUUAGCCGCAUGAGCGAGAGGCAGAUGGCCUUAUGGGAUACGAAGGAUCUUUCUGAGCCAAUGGCAGUUCAGGAGAUGGACACCAGUAAUGGUGUUCUCCAACCCUACUAUGACCCUGAUACCAACAUGAUCUACUUGUGUGGAAAGGGGGACUGCACCAUCCGGUAUUUUGAGGUGACCGACGAGUCGCCAUACGUUCACUUCCUCAGCCUGUACAGUAGCAAAGAGCCUCAGCGCGGAGCUGGAUUCCUCAGAAAACGGGGCGUGGAUGUCAACAAAUGUGAGAUUGCCAGGUUCUACAAGCUGCAUGAAAGAAAAGUGGAGCCUAUCGCUAUGACAGUGCCACGCAAGUCAGAUCUGUUCCAAGGUGACCUGUACCCAGACACAGCUGGGUUGGAGCCCUCUCUCCUGGCCGAAGAGUGGAUCGCUGGACAGGAUGCGCCACCCCUGCUGGUCUCCCUGAGCGGGGGAUACUCUGCUCCCCCCUCCAAGCACAGAGACAUCCUCAAGAACAAGCCCAAGUUGACAUCACAGGGGUCCGGGGCGGGGUCUGCUUCCACCCCUCAGCAGGUCACCAACACCCCCCCGCCCACACACGUCGCCAGGGACACAGAGAGUGAAUGGGCGGGGCAGCCGAAGGUAACCAGAGAGGCAGAUGGGGUUUCUGACCGAGUAAAGAGAGAGGUGAGAAAUGAGGUGCUGAGCGAGGUGCUGGCGGAGGUGAAGGCCCUGCGCUCGGUGGUGCUCGCCCAGGGCCAGAGGAUUGAGCUGCUGGAGAGGCAGCUGGCACGCAUCGAGGACGGGGAAGUAUGAAGGCGUGGGGCCGGAGGCGGCGGGGGCGCCACUACACCCAAAGGGCAUUCUGAUGUCACUCCAUAGACCAUAGCCUUACUAGAAUCAGCAGUACCUUAAGCUGUGUGCGCGCGAGUGGGAGAAUGUAGUUUUGAAGUGUAGCUCAGUGACCAACUGAAUCACAGUUGCCGAGAACCAGGUCAGGAGUUGUGUAUGAGCAUAGGUCAAUUACAACCCUUUAGAUGCCGCAUUGAUUAAUGGGGGGGGGGUUAAGGGAUAUCAUCUGCAUACAGCAUUAGUUGACAUUACCUGUGGUAUGAUAUUAAAAUGUUAUGAAGAAACAUAUAGUGAUAUCCUACUUGAGGGGGCACAGUUAGGAAUCAGUGCAUUCUGCAAAUGUCAUAAAAAAUGUGGUAUACAUAUUUAGCGGUACAAAAACAUCCCUUUUACACAGGCCAUCUUAAGUUUCAGUGUCAAAGGGAUAUUUUUACAUUUGGCUUAAAUCUGAAUGAAUGUACUGUACAGUGCAAAUCAUUCAUACCAUAUACAGAACUGUGUGUACACCCUCAGUAAGAAAUAAAUCCCUCACAUUGUGUAUUAUAAAUCAGGUAGAUACAGCUGCUAAUUGUGAUGUAAUAUCAGACUUAAUAAUUAAUUCUGUCUUCUUUUACAUUUAUACAUUAAUGGCUUUUUCAAUAAUCGUUUUUGAUUAAGACACUUUUACUACAAAUUAUUGAAGAGAAUGAGACUUUAGUGAAAAGGUAGUUGGUUGUAUGUUGUAAAUCUUUCUGUGGGAUCUUUUUUUACUUUCAAAAGUUGAAGGUGAUUCAUGCUCAGCUUUUUACUUCCUGAAUGUGUAUGUAAUACAUGUAACAGGCACACUUUGUGGCAGCAUACUGUACAUGAUGAUCAUUUGUGAUGUCAUAAGGGGCAAGUAGGUAGCACUGACCAUAAAGAUAGUCUAUCUAUUUAAGUGGAUGGGAUCAAGCUCAAACAUGGUACAAAAAGUACAGCCUCCAUUAUGCCAAACAGGUUUUGAGUCCAUCAAUGUCCAUAGACAGUAAAACAACUGACAUGGCAGAAUUAUGGUUUAUGCAAUUGCCAACUUAGAGGUUGUGUCCUAAUUUAGUAAGAAACUGAUGUGCAGCAUCACACCCGAUAAAUUAUACGUAUGAAUGACACAUUUAUUUGUUUGGCACUCAGAUGGCCUUAGUAAACUGCCUAGGUAACUAUCAAAUAUACAUUUGCUUUUCCAGUUGCUUCCAUUCUAUUGACCUAUUCCAUAGAACAUCAUCAACUGAUACAAUCCUAAAUGACAGCUUGUUAAAUUGAGUUCAAGAAAGGAGUAUGUUACUAUCUUAAAAACCACAAGUGCUUCACAGCACUGAACUAAAAUUGUUACAAUGAAAUGUAAGUUGUUGUUUUUUUACUGUUUGAAUGAUGUAAUCCAAGUCUGUAGAACCUAAUUGUUUUAGACUAAUCUAGAGGCAGCUGUUGUAUUUGUGAUUUAGAAUGGAAAAGGUGUGCGAUGCUUGUCUGUCAGAACUGCAGAAAUAAACAAAAAUAGAAAGUUAUGAUUUUUGCAAUUCUCACUUACCUCGCCCUUCGGUGAAGGGAUAGCUAUUUUGGGUACCUUUCACAGGUUUCUUCCUUGAUUAUUUACAUGAUUAACUUCUCUUUAUGCACUGACCGUCAUACAAUUAUUAUUUGUGUGGUCAUAAAACAAUAAAGUGACACUGCACUGUGCAACUCCAAUAAACACUCCUUCCCUAUU